GAACGAGUUGAGCGAAGCAAAAAUUUGUCUGCAGUCUGAAAUUCGAGGUGAAAUAUACAAUCGACGAAUGAAAAGAAAGAAAAUCAACUUCAGUUCGAGCGUACACGUGUUAUCGGUCGAUUUCAUGAAUUUUGUAGAGCUCGCAAAGUAUUUUUAUUCAGUGAUUACUUAAAUACAAUGGCUAAACGCAGACACGAAAAGGAUUCCGAAAUGGACGAAGAGGACACGAGGUUACAAGAGGAGCUCCUUCAGCUCGUCGACGUGUUAAUAGGAAACGACGAGACCAAGAUGCUAGUAUCCUUAUGCCAAUUAAGAUUGCUGAUGCAAACGGCGACCACCUCGAUGACCUCCGUACCGAAACCGCUCAAGUAUUUAAAAAACUCGUACGAGCCGUUGAAGCAGGCUUACAGCAGGAUCGAAAGCGCGGACGUGAAAAGACAACUCGCCGAAGUGGUGAGCGUGUUGUCGCUGGCGGCUGCGCCUCCAGGGUGCAAGGAGUGCUUGGAAUAUUGUAUCAAAGGGGGCGUGAGGAACCCUGGGGAAUGGGGUCACGAAUAUGUACGGCAAUUGGAAAAUGAAAUCGUGGACGAGUGGACUAACGCUCCCGUGAAAGACGAGGAGCGUGUAAGGAAUCAGCUAACGUCUUUAGUGAAAUGCAUAGUGAAAUUCGACAUGAAGCACAACGCGGAGAUACCAGGAUGCGACUUGUGCUUAGAAAUCGAUCAGUUAAGCUUCCUCGACGAUUGUUUAGACUCCACGAAUUUUGAGAGGGUCUGUCGCUAUUUGGAAGGCUGUGCGAUGUAUAGCGAGGACACUGAGAAAAGGCAGAUACUUCAAGUGGCGGUCAACUACUAUUUGAGAUUCAAGCAGUACUGCAAGGCGAUGCUGAUCGCUAUGCAACUAGGGGAUUCGAACCUUGUGCAUCAGUGUCUUACUACCUGUCCUGAUAAUCUCACUAGGAAACAGCUGGCGUAUAUACUCGUCAGACAACGGGAUAGUCCUCUGAAAAAAGAAUACCAAGGCGACGAUGCAGCAGAGAUAGAGACCAUCCUAAGCAACAGUCACGUGAUCAGUCACUUCCACCUUCUCGCGAGAGAACUCGACAUCCUCGAACCUAAACAUCCUGACGAUAUCUACAAGACCUGGUUGGAGUCAAGCAACACGCUCAGACAGACCGAACACGAUUCUGCCAGAGCGAAUUUAGCUUCCAGCUUCGUUUCUGGCUUUGUACAUGCUGGGUUCGGGCAGGAUAAACUAAUGGCGAACGCGGCGGACUCUUGGGUUUAUAAGAACAAGGAUCGUGGAAUGCUAUCGGCUACUGCCUCCCUAGGUUUAAUACAUAUGUGGGAUGUGGAUGGUGGUUUGGUACCGAUUGACAAGUACCUGUAUACGAACGAUGAUUUUAUUAAAUCAGGAGCCUUGCUCGCUAUUGGCUUGGUAAAUUGCGGGGUUCGAAACGAAUGUGAUCCCGCACUGGCUCUUCUGAGCGAUUACGUGCCUUCCGAUAAUGCGACGUUAAAAAUUGGGGCUGUUCUAGGACUGGGCUUGGCUUACGCCGGGUCACAGAGGUCUGAUGUCACUGAACUCUUAACUGGAGUUCUAUCAGAUAAGACAAGUACCAUGGAAACCGUGUCGCUCGGUGCGAUCGCAAUAGGAUUGGUAAACGUAGGUUCAGCCGAUGCCGAUGUCUCCUCGAUACUUCUCCAAAAGCUCCUAGAACUAACUCCUCAAGAGCUGUCCAGUACUUACUCCAGAUUUCUGCCUCUAUCAUUGGGCAUGGUAUACAUGGGCUGCAGAGACAUCAUAGAGGCCCCUUCCGCUGCCCUCCAAGUUCUACCUGAACCCUACAAGCUACCCUCGCAAACUAUACUACAGGUGUGUGCGUACGCUGGGACAGGUGAUGUGUUGAUCGUGCAGGAGUUGCUGCGGAUUUGUUCGGAACCAGUGAACGGUGAACACGCAUCAGAAACGUCCAUUCACUCUUCAGGCACCAGCUGCUGCGACCCGCGUUCUCGAAAUGCAGAAUCGCCUGAGAAAAAAACGAAGAAGUCAGAAGAGAAGUUAGAAGGAUCCAAGGAAAUCGGAUCGACUCAGGCUAUAGCCACUUUGGGUGUUGCGGCUGUUGGUCUGGGAGAGGGGAAGGAAGACUCGAGGAUUUUUGGUCAAAUCGGAAGAUACGGUCCCAUAUCCGCAAGGAGGGCAAUGCCACUCGCCCUAGGCUUGUCCUUCCUCUCAAACCCAGACCUAGCAGUUCUGGACGUUCUAAACAAAUACAGUCACGACAACGACGCCGAAGUGACCAACAACGCGAUCUUCGCCCUCGGUCUGGUCGGUGCUGGAACAAACAACGCUCGUCUUGCGACCAUGCUGAGACAACUGGCUUGUUACCACGCGAAGAAUCCCCUGCACCUGUUCCUCGUUCGAAUAUCCCAGGGUCUAGUGCAUCUUGGAAAAGGAACGUUGUCCAUAUCUCCGUUGCGUUUCGCCUCCAAAGUCCUCGAUCGAACCGCCUUGGCUGGACUGAUGGUGGUCUUGGUCGCCUUUUUGGACAAUCAGAACCUCAUCCUGACGAGAUCUCAUUACUUGAUGUAUUGUUUGGCGCUGGCGAUGGAACCUAGGUGGUUGGUCACCUUGGAUGAAAAUUUACAAAGUCUGCCAGUGUCCGUGAGGGUUGGUCACGCCGUGGACAUCGUGGGCAAGGCUGGAAAUCCUAAGUGCAUCUCCGGAGGAUACGUUCACACGACUCCAACGUUGCUUUCCUACGGAGAAAGAGCAGAACUCGCCUUGGACGAAUACGAAGCGUUAUCCAACGUGUUAGAAGGCUUCAUCAUUCUUCGAGAGAAGACCGCUUCGUAAAAUCAGUGACGGUGGAGGAAUGUCUGACACCGAAACUGGGAUAAAUGACCUUUAUUUCGCGAGAAGAAACAUGAAAAUCUUGAAACCAAAACGAUACACUAUAGUUUCUUCCAGUUUUGUAAUAAAAUAGAGGCAAAAUUCUCGACGAGAAUUUGUAACUUCGCAGCUUUGACAAGAAUCGAUUCGAACGAAACUUUCGCUUGAUAAAAACGAGGCGCGAACGAUCAGCGUUUUGUAUAGGUUUGCAUUUAUUUAACUUCAGAGACUAGCGGAAGCAAUGUGCUCUAUACAACGGAAACAUACAUUGGUUCGCAUUGCACGGAAACAGGUAGAGACAACGGUGCACCAUGAUCUGACAGUGUCACGGUUUAUCGUAAAUAAAAUACAGCUCAACCCUUUGACUGCGUAGACGUUAAUUAAGAUACAAGUGGUUGCUUCGAACAUUUUAUAAAUUUGUAUGUACCAAAAACUUGUUGACCGAGCCAAAGGGUUAAGUGAAAAAAUCAAACAGGAAGAAAAGAAAUAAAAGGAACAAGCAAGAUACAGAAAUAAACGUGAGAAACGUAGGGAACAUAAAAAUAAUCCCGAACGAGCGAUUACAAGAAAUUCUUGUUCACCGUGUACAUUUAUUCGCUAAUGUUAAAACUCUGCAAAUUAAAGAUAAAUAUUGCAGUUUAUUGAUUUCGAUAAUGUGUACAAAAGCGGACCACAAGGAAACGAGCAACGAUUAUUUAUCGUGGAUAAGAACUGUGUGUCCUUUCUUUCUUUAUUCUCGCCACGCAUAAACGUCUGUGCAUAUCAGUUUCUGCCUGUUCGUCAACAGGUUCGCAAUUACACAAGAUCAUGGAGCACGUUCCUGUAUUCUCGUUAACGUAGCCACGAGAAAUUCUCCAAGAAAUUGCACGGACGCGUGUGUCGGAUGCUCUUGCAAAGAGAAACUAUCAACGACUUUUCUCGUGUUAAAAAAAAUGUCCGCCGACAUUUACAUAUUAUAGGCACAUGACUUAGGGUAAGUGGCGAUGUGUAGAGUGAAACACGCGUUUCUCGACUCGUUCUUUUUUUCCGGUUUUCUAAUUUUUUCGUAUCGAGUUACGUUUCGGGAAGCUUAACACCUUGACGGUCGCCUAUUUCGUGAAAUAACUUUCUGUGGCUUAGAUCGUUACACGCUUAACUUCUUCAAGGAUCGACACGUUUACCUUUUUAUUUGAUUCGUUAAAUGAUCUCGUGGACAUUCUUACGUAUAAUUAAAAUAAGUAUGAUUACGUAAUAUAAUUAGAUUUCUAUCUUAAAAGAAAAUCAUCCCUGAAGAGGUUAAGAUUGAGGCAUUCUAUGGAAAUAUCUUGGGUUCCCAAAAUAUUCUUACACCUGGAAGCCUCAAAGUGUAACGGUGUAUAAUGAUAGAUAAAUGAAAAUAAGGUGGAUGGUAGCGGCUGUCAAAGUGUUAACAUCAGUUCGAUUAGAUCCAACUGUCCUAUUCCAAUGUACGCACGCUUCGCAAAUAUUUAGCUUGCCGUCUGACGUACUCGCGCGAAAUAGAACAAUUACAAUAGUCUAUUCGCAAAUAUUUUGAUUGAAGCACAGAUAUGAUUCGUGUAAUCUCGCCCGCACCGCAGAGCGUUUUUCAUGUAUUCGAUACAAGUCAGAAAUCGUUAAGACAUGUCUUAUAUAUUAUAAUUUAACAACAGACACAUUGUCUGUUAACGAGCAUUAAAAUUGAUAAAUAUCGAUGACGCAUGCAUUGACCACGUCACUCGGCAAGCUGGUCUUUCUUUCUACUUAUAUCAUAAAUUUCUCAUGUUCCUUAUAGUAAAAUAUAAUAAUAAUAAUAAUAUAAUCAUAAUAAUAAUAAUAAUAGUUAAAACUUAAAUCAUAAUAAUGAUAGCUCCUAUGAUAGUAGCGCUUUCGUGUUUUAUAACCCUUUGCAAAUAGUAUGUGUGUCUUGUGGUUCAAGCGAAUUCUCAAAAUUGUAUAUACGUAUGUUUCUUUUAUAUAUCUCGCUUCUUUUUGCUGCUGCUUGUUUCAUCCACCGUAACAUUCUCUUUCGCCUUAUUUACAACAACGUACGUGCAAUACGAGUAUUACCAUAUGUCCUCUAUUAUUUGCCCUUGAAUUUCGUUAUUAUUGCUCCCUCUAGCGUGCUCCAUGUCGACAUAAGCUCUAAGACACGACGAACAUCCGUUGUAAAUGGUCAAGUUUCUAACCUGGCUGAUACAGUCGAGAGCAUUCUAAGCUUCCCCUAGGGAAAAUGGCGAAAGAGGGUAUAGCGAAUUACCGAGCAUGGUACUCUUCCCUCAAAAAAAUGGCGACGAGGAAGAACUCGCCUAGAAAUUCUCAAACUUUUGAAUUUCAAAAUUCUUCCAAGUGUUCAACUCUCUAAAUUGUCACCGUCUCAAAUCUUUGACAUAUAAAUUACCAAAUUCAUUAAUGGAACCUUCCUCUACAUCGACAUUUUCCCAAAGGAAGAUCACCAUCGGAACAGCUACUCUCCUAAAACGCUACCCAUCUACCGUUUUCUUUUCCCUUCAUGGUCACGAAAUUACACGCUAGACACGGGAGUAGAAUUCUCUGAAACCGUUCUCUAAAACGGUUACCCAUAGGAUUCAUACAUACACAUAUGUAUCUUCUCUUUAACUCUACCUUCUCGAAACAUUUUUCAUUAACAACGAUAACGUAUAGACUCUAUCGUCGAUCCGAAAUGUUCCUCCGCCCCUAAUCAUCGACCUGUCUUUCGAGUCUCGUCUGCCCAUCGCGGUAACGGAUAAACACAAUUAUGAACAGCAAAGAUUCUCCCGUAAGAAGCACCGAAG